AUGGCUAUUGGAGCAUCAAUUGAGGGUUGGAAGCAUUUUAGGCCUAAUAUAUUAGUUGAUGAAACGUUCUUGAAAUGUAAAUAUGCCGACACGCUUUUGACGGCUUCAACAAUUGACGGUAACAAUCAGAUUUUUCCUCUUGCUUUUAGUAUUGUUGACUCUGAAAAUGAUGCAUCCUGGAGAUGGUUUUUUGAGAAUUUAAAGAAAAGUUUUGGUGAACGAGAAGGAUUAGUCAUUAUUUCUUAUCGGCAUUUUAGCAUUCCGAAAGGUGUUAUGAAUGUUUUUUCAAAUGCUUAUACAAUUGAUAAGUUCGAGUUUUAUAUGAAAUGGAUGGAAUCAAUAUAUCCUACAAUUCGAGAAUAUCUCAGUAAAGUUGGUUUUGAGAAGUGGGCACGUCCACAUUCUAGGAGAAGAAGGUAUAAUAUGAUGACUACUAAUAUUUCAGAGUGCUUGAAUAAUAUUUUAAAAGAGCCUAGGGAGUUCCCCGUUGCAUCAUUACUUGAUUAUAUUAGAGAAAUACUUCAAAAUUGGUUUUAUGAAAAAGGUCAAUCAGCAUUAUCCAUGAAGACUGUUUUGACUAGUUGGGCAGAGUCUGAGUUGCGAGAGCAACACAAUCAGUCAAGAAGCUUCAACUUGAAAAUAUUUAAUCAGGUUGAUCCUAUUAACAAUGAAGAAUAUAAAGUAGUUGAUUGGGACAAUCACUUUUUGGAAAAGCUUGGGAUCGCUCUAGAAGGUAUCGUUGGUGUCACUGUCGCUCUAGAGGGUAUCGCUGGUGUCGCUCUAGAGGGUAUUGUUGGUGUCGCUCAAGAUGGUAUCGCUGGUGUCACUCUAGAGGAUCUCGCCAGUGUCGCUUGUGGGGAUUUGUUAUUCUUCAGUAAAUGUUGGUAUUUAGAUUAA